AUGAAGAGCAGUUCAUUUCCUGUAAAUCUGUCUUUAGGGAUCGUUGGCGGUGGACUGUGCGGUUGUGCUACCGCCUAUUUUCUGCGUCAGUUGAUGGGUCCAGCUGUAGCGAUUACGCUUUUCGAGAAGUCUGGCCAGCUAGGAGGUCGCGUGAGAUCGCAAAGAAUUGGCGACAAUGUUUUCGAGCUCGGUGGCAGCAUUUUCACUCGUGACAAUAGAUACAUGAGCUCCUUGACCGAUGCCUUUGGGUUGACAAAGAAAACCCACAACCUAGAAGAGUCUCCCAUUGCCAUUUAUGGCGGCCAUCAAAAGGUCUCCUUCAGUACUAUCCAGAAGCCUUGGAUACUUGCCCAGAUCGGCUUUGUUUGGCGCUAUGGUCUGGACCUCUUCAAAUUUCAUCGGCAUGUGUCAUCUUUAGCGGAUUCCUUUGCAAAAAUUUACGAAAUACAAGCCAGCGGAAGGUGCUUCGAGACGCCUGCGGCUCUCCUCACGGCUCUAUCACCAGAUUUCGUCACAAUGACUGGUUUCACCUUUGGCAGCUGGCUGGAGAACGUAGUGGGUCUGCGCAAACGUUUCUGCAAUGAGGUUGCACACGCUUUCGUGGCCACUAACUACUGCCAGGACCUAAAUGUGCAUGCAUUUGUGGGUGCGUCUAUUUUGUACUCCGUAGACGACACUGCUAGUUAA